UCAAUAUCUUAGAAAAUAAAUGGCAAACAAUUCUGUUCACAAUAUGCCAAAUAUAAAYUCUUCUGCAGAAGGAGGUCGAGGCCUCUCCGUAGCAAGCAAGCAGUUGAAACGUCGCCGCGAGUUCGAAGCUCGUUUCAUUGACGCCAAAAGGCAGCGCACCUCAGAACCAGAAAACGAUGUGGUAAUUAGACAGYUAGCUACAUUCCAGUUAUUUAUGCUUAGCCUCACAGAAGCGGCUAGAGCACAACYGCUCGAACCUCAAGAAGGAAAUGCGACAGUUCCUAURGUUAUAGCAACAGUAGACGAGCCCCAAGAAGYCAGCACCGCCMAACUGCCUAGAGAAACUGCAGAUGGUAAUUCCGUUAUAAUUGGAYCAAAUGGCACAACUGUGAAGAAGGUCGAUUUUGAUAAGAMGCGAUGGAUUAGCGCUUCACUUGCCACACGCAGCCUUCUUAUGUUGGURUUCGACCGGCAGACCCUGRCCACUCACACACUCAGCGGCAAGCCCUCMCCCGCUUUCCCUAACCACCAUAUAAAGCCUCCGCUGGACCCCUUAAAGGUAACCGAUGUGAUUCAUUGCAUUCAAAACAGGUUCCAGUGCAGCGAAGAGCAUGUACGUCAAAUCAUUACCAUGAAGUGCGCGGAUGUGGCCAGAACUAGGAAAUCAAAAGCAGAUUACAAUAUAAAUAAACCGAAAUUAGCUUCAGAAAUAUAA